CCGCCGUUUUGCGCAACGACCCCUCAGCCUGAGCAGCAGAGCAGACCCUUCCAUUUCCUUCGUCUCGCUCCUACUUUCAUUCGCCCUCUCUCUCUCUCUCUCUCGCUCUCCAUUUUCAAGAUCAGCGAGAAAGAACUUCAGCGGGUUUUGAAUGAAAAUGUGAGUCAAUUUCCCUUUCAAUUGAACCCUCAAUUAUUGAAAUUGGGGUUUUCUGCGGGUUCUCAGAUUCUUCCUCCCCUUGGAUUGAUCAAAUUUCACAGCCUCCCUGUUCCUCGAGUGUUUUCUGAACUUAGGCAUACUAUGGACGCGACCAUUGACUUCUCCCCCAGUAGCUACGCCACUCCAAAUGGACUGUAUUAUGGGAAACGUAAGAGAUUAAAACUAUCUACCGAUGGAAGAAAUCUUCCCAGCACGGCCACCUUUUCUGCCCAAAAGUGUGACACGCCGAGACAAAACAAAAUGAAGAACUCAGCAAAAAUAGUUGAUUACUCUGAUCCGUUUGCCAUUAAUAAUUUGAUCGAUGGUUUGAAUUGUGGUCAGUUUGGAAGUGUCACUAAAGAGAUAGAAGCCCUUGUUUCCCAUAAGAUGCAAAUUCUAAGUCCUUACAUUGCAAAGUAUCCUACGCUGUCAAGUACGUUAUUUGAUCUGGGGAGACGUAAUGAGUGUACAGAGGCAACGAACCAUCAAGCUUCCCCGUUGGUUCAUAAUCUCAUUGAUUUGGAAGAUGAUUCUGCCCUUGAUGAUGUUUGUUCCAACCAUGUCGAGAAAUCACGAUUGCCUAUUGUAAUAAUUGAUUCUGAUGAGGAAGAAAGCAAAGAUCAGAGGGUUAUACAUCCUUUUCAAGAGGUUGUGCUGCCUAGACCACCUGGACAAAGUUUGUUCAAGGCCAUAUCGGUAGUGGAUCACCGAGCUUUAAAUGGGGAGGAAGCAACUCCUAUUAGUGAAAGUGAAACUAUUAGUAAGAAGGACAAAGGUGUUUACGUUGGUGUAGAAGAGGACGAGGAUGAGGUCAGCGAACAGGCUAACAGUGAAGAUGAUGGCCUUGGAGAUAUUUGGAACGACAUGAAUAUGGCAUUAGAAUGUUCCAAGGACUUGGAUGUUGCCGUAGAUUCAUCAUCUAAUCAACCAAGCACAGAUGCUGUGGACUGUGAUCAUUCUUUUCUCUUUAAGGAUGAUCUUGGUUAUGUCUGUCGCAUAUGUGGGGUUAUUGACAGAGGAAUUGAGACCAUUUUUGAGUUUCAGUACAACAAGGGUAAGAGGAGCACAAGAACAUACAUGUCUGAAUCUCGUAACAAAGAUUCAGGCGAUAUUGUUGGAGUUAAAAUCUCAGAAGAUGAUUUGACGGUCACUGAAAUUUCUGCACACCCUAGACAUAUGAAGCAAAUGAAACCUCAUCAAAUUGAGGGUUUCAAUUUCCUUAUAAGCAACUUGGUAACGGACAAUCCAGGAGGCUGCAUUUUAGCCCAUGCUCCUGGUUCUGGAAAAACAUUUAUGAUAAUCAGUUUCAUGCAAAGUUUCUUAGCUAAGUAUCCACAGGCUAGACCAUUGGUUGUGCUUCCCAAAGGAAUCUUAGCUAUAUGGAAAAAGGAGUUUCAGAUUUGGCAAGUGGAAGAUAUUCCACUCUAUGAUUUCUAUUCCGUUAAAGCAGAUAAUAGGGCUCAACAGCUAACCGUUCUGAAUCAGUGGGUCGAGCACAAGAGUAUCCUGUUCUUAGGAUACAAACAAUUUUCCACGAUCGUCUGCGAUGUCGAAACCAAUGCUGCAUCAACUGCAUGUCAAAAUAUAUUGCUCAAGGUUCCCUCCAUUCUCAUCCUAGAUGAGGGGCAUACACCAAGAAAUGAGAACACUGAUAUUUUGCAAACUCUUGCCAAAGUCAGAACUCCACGAAAAGUGGUUCUUUCAGGAACCUUAUAUCAAAAUCAUGUUAAAGAGGUAUUCAAUAUAGUGAAUCUCGUUCGACCGAAGUUCAUGAGAUCAGAAACUUCUCGACCUAUCAUCAAACGUAUCAUGUCAAGAGUGGAUAUACCUGGUGCGAGGAAGCAGUUCAAAGCAGGUGUGGAUGCUGCUUUUUAUGACUUGGUGGAACACACGCUUCAGAAGGAUACAGAUUUCAGGAGGAAAGUGAGUGUCAUCCAUGAUUUACGUGAGAUGACUAGCAAGAUUCUGCAUUAUUAUAAAGGAGAUUUUCUCGAUGAGCUCCCUGGACUGGUUGACUUCACUGUGGUGCUAAAUCUCACCCCUAAACAGAAGCAUGAAGGUGAAAAAGUCAAAAAGUUUAACAGGAAGUUCAAAAUAAGCUCUGCUGGUAGUGCUGUUUAUUUGCAUCCAAAGUUGAAUGUUUUCUCUGUUAAUGCUACUGUGACGGAUGAUAAAAUAGACGAGGUCAUCGACCAGCUGGACGUUAAAGAUGGAGUGAAAGCGAAAUUCUUUCUUAAUAUGCUGAAUUUGUGCGCUACUACUGGAGAGAAGCUGCUGGUAUUUAGCCAAUACCUCCUUCCUUUGAAAUUCAUGGAGAGAUUGGUUGUGCAGAAGAAGGGUUGGAGUCCAGGAAAAGAAACUUUCAUGAUAUCCGGUGAAACAACUUCCGAGCAUCGGGAAUGGUCGAUGGAUCGUUUCAACAACUCACCUGAUGCCAAAGUCUUCUUUGGCUCCAUCAAGGCUUGUGGGGAGGGCAUAUCUUUGGUAGGGGCAUCACGUAUCAUCAUCUUGGAUGUUCAUCUCAAUCCAUCAGUGACCCGCCAGGCAAUUGGUCGUGCAUUCCGUCCCGGUCAAACAAAGAAAGUCUUCGCAUAUAGAUUGGUGGCUGCUGAUUCACCUGAAGAGGGAGAUCACAGUACUUGCUUCAAGAAGGAACUAAUUGCAAAAAUGUGGUUUGAAUGGAACGAGUAUUGUGGCUAUCACGACUUUGAAGUGGAGACGGUCGACGUGAAAGAGUGUGGCGAUAACUUUCUAGAAACCCCGCUUCUUAGACAAGAUGUCAAAGUUCUGUACAGAAGGUAGAGCCUGCAAUAUAAUAGUACAGAUGAGGCAAAGGGAAUUAUUAUUUAUCUUUGUCUCAUCGAAACUGUUCAUGAGAGCAUUUUGUUCCUAUAACCUGUUCAUGGAUUUGUUUUUUCCUUUUUUUUUUUUUUUUUUGUGAAGAUCAUAGGCAGAUAGCUUUGUUUCUGACUUGUAUAGCAUGACUGCUGCCUUGCCUGAAUAUUGUUCACAGUAAGUAAAUGGAGUUUGUGACACUCAACUAACUCCUAAAGACGCCAUAGAUCAAAGCUUUUUUGGUAACAAAGUUUUGGUACAGUUCAUUUUGA